CAGCAUAUGCAGGAAAUAGAUGUUGACGUGUUGGCUCCUCUCAUCUCCGGGGAUGAGGACAUACAGGUGACCUUUCUCAACACUUUACCUGAAGAAAACUUCAGAGCUGCGUCACGAAGAUCAACCGGGAAAAGAUGGCGGACAAAAGACACACAACUGCGGGCAGAUCAGGAGAGAGGCCACGAAGAAGAGAGUUCUGGGUCACGUGGUAGUUCCCAAACCCGGAAGAGACCCGCUUUUACCAAAACAAAUCAGCUUUGCCGGAGGCUGAUUAAACACCGUACUCGUAUCAAGAUGGAAGACACACUUUUUCAGUUACGGUUCACAUCCAAACAGCUGGAGCGACUGGCUAAGAAAGCCGAGAAAGAGUCUGAGAAGGAGCAGGCCAAGGUUAAGAAGGCUCUGCAGCAGAAGAACGUGGAAUGUGCCAGAGUCUACGCCGAGAACGCCAUCCGGAAAAAGAACGAGGGUCUGAACUGGCUGCGGAUGGCGUCCCGGGUGGAUGCAGUGGCGUCUAAGGUCCAGACGGCGGUCACCAUGAAGGGGGUGGCCAAAAACAUGAGCCAGGUGACCAAAGCCCUGGACAAAGCUCUGAACAGCAUGGACCUCCAGAAGGUCUCUGCUGUCAUGGACAAGUUUGAAACCCAAGUUCAGAACCUGGAUGUUCACACCUCCGUCAUGGAGGACUCCAUGAGCUCCGCCAUGACGCUCACCACGCCUCAGGAGCAGGUGGACGACCUCAUCCACCAAAUAGCAGAGGAGGGCGGCCUGGAGGUGAUGGACCAGCUCAACCAGCUGCCUGCAGGCGCCACCUCGCUGGGGGGGGAGAGCACGCGGAGCCAGGACAAGGAGGACCAGCUGUCCCGACGGCUGGCGGCUCUCAGAAACUGAAGCUGCAGGCGUCCGCUCCACCACGGCGGCAGCAGGAACUGUGUGUUUCCAGUGAACUUCAACAGGAGGAGCUCAUGGGUGUAUUGAUUACCUUCCUCCUCUCUACUAUAAAUAAAUCUACACAAAUACUGCAGAGAGAAGCAGAGGGGGCGGAGCAUCUUUCUGGUUCACCUUCCUCGCUUCGAUCCGUCACCUCCUUCCUCCACGUUUCCUCCUCUCAGAUCAUUUUACUGUUUCUCUAGAAUCACCAGAUUUUGCUUCUACAUGUGUACAAAGAUCAAUGUUUUAAAGAGUUUUAAGAGAGCGAGUCGGAGGCGGAGUCUGUGAUGUCACAUGGUGGUGUCGGAGGAGUUCCCGUCCUCACUAAAACACCAACAUGGAGAAUCUGCUGCAUUUCCUCCUUCAUCUGCUCUGAACACUGACAUCUUUCUGGUUUGCUUCCUGUUUUCCUCGUCGUCUGAUUCCCGUUGGGGAAAGCCUUACGUUGGAUGUGCUGUAGAUGCUUCCUCCUUCAGUGCCUGGAAGACGGAGAUGAGCUGCAGCCAUGGAGCCUCUCAUCGCCCCGUCUGCAGCCCGCUCACUCCUGGGGGGUUGGACUGAGCCAGACCCCCUCCUGAUCUUAAAGACUUACUGGAUCCACAUCAGGAGCUCCAGGUGUUCAGCAGAGUCCAGUUCUGUUCCUGCUGAUUCACCGUCUCUGUGAGCGCUGCUGUCAGGUGUGGGCGGGGUCACGCCGCCACCUGUGAGCCUGGAUGAAGUUUUCCGUCUCUUUCAUUUAAUCACAGGAGGUUUAUUUAUAUGCGAGUUCUGCACUUUUGUUUUGUAUAUUGUGGAAAUAAAAUGGUGCCCUCUGA